AUCAAAAUUCCCAAACCACCCCUCCCAUGGACAAGAGGCUUCGAUCCUCUCUCCAAGCGUCGCCGGAGUCCUUCCUCUCCUCUGCUACAAAGCUAGGGUUGAGGUCAGCAAAAGCCUCUCUCAAGAGCUUAAUUCAUGGCAUCACCCCCUCCUCACCUCUCUCUUCUUCUCUCCCUCCCUCUCUCCAUAACUCCAUUUCUCACUCCAUCGCUUCCUUUCAGAACCUUCGAGACUCCGGAAAGUCUCCUCCCUCGCCGCCGACAAAGCGUCGCCGGAGAUCUUCUAGGCAGGCUAAGACUAGGGACGAAGAAGUCGAAGAAAAUCACGAAUCUGGAGUACUUCAAGAUCUUCAGGUUCUUUCGCACAUCGCGUUUUUAUGCGUUUCGCACCCCAAGAACACGUUUUCUCCGGCGGACUUGUUGCCGGCAGUCCAGGUGUUGCACGAUAAUUUGAUUCUCUUUGAGUCGGAUUCGGUUUUGUUGUCGGAGAUUGCGAAUUUGUGUGAGGAGUGGUGGAAGGACGGGUUGGUGGGGAGAGAGACUCUAAUUUCACAAUCUCUCCCGUUUUUGCUGUCAAGGUCGUUGACUCUGAAGAAGAAGGUUGAUGUGCAUAGAGUGUACAUGCUGCGCGAGGCGUUUGCGCUGUUUGAUUUUGAGGAUGAGAGUAUCGAGGAUUUGAAGCUUUUGAUGAUAAGGUGUGUCAUUACGCCCCUCUAUCUGAAGACCGAGGAUGGAAGGAAGUUCGUCACCUUUAUGUUCGGGUUAAGCCGUCAGCUUGUAAAAGAAGCAUUGGCGAUGAUUCGAUCUCAGAUUCCGUUUGGGAGGAAGUCAAUGUUGGAGACAUAUGGGGAUAUUGUUUUUCAGGCCUGGAAGCAUGUUGAAGGGGAAUCGCGGAAUGAAAUUGAGAAUGGGUUUCUGCAGGGGUUGAUUGAAGGCGCAAUACAUGCUAAUUCUGGAGCAUUGGCUGCCUCCAUUAGGAGGGUUCUGGGAGGAUUCGUAAACCAAAGAACCACCAAUGGGGUCGAGAAACUUCUUUUUCGACUGACUGAGCCUGUGAUAUUUCGGUCACUACAGGUUGCCAACUCAAAUGUUCGGUUAAAUUCAUUGCAUUUGCUUUUAGACUCAUUCCCUCUCGAAGAUCCUGAUGCAACGAAAGAAACUAAAGAUACAAUGCUUGAUAAACAGUUCUUUUUAUUGGAGAGAUUACUCUCAGAUGAUUGUCCAGAAAUUAGAGUCGUUGCAGUUGAAGGAUCCUGUCGCAUCCUUCAUUUGUUUUGGGAAAUUAUUCCUUCUUCAACCAUUACAAAGAUGAUCACCAAAAUUUUUGAUGACAUGUCGUCUGAUAAAUGCAAUGAAGUCAGGCUUUCUACAUUGAAUGGUAUUAUGUAUUUGCUUGGUAAUCCCCAAUCUCAUGAAAUUCUUAAAGUGCUUCUACCAAGACUGGGGCAUCUGAUUCUGGAUCCUGCUCUUUCUGUAAGAGUUGCUAUUGCUGAUCUCCUUCUUCUUCUAAGGGAUAUCCGAACUUUCCAGUUUCAUAAGGUCGUGGGCUUAGAUGUAUUAUUAUCAACACUUGCAGAUGAUCAGCCACCUGUUGCUCAGAAAAUCACAAAACUUUUAAUUCCAUCAUAUUUUCCUUCCAAAGUGACUCCUGAAGAAGCAUGCAAGCGCUGUGUCACACUUAUAAAAAGGUCCCCCAAAGCUGGAGCACGGUUUUGUGAAUUUGCUCUAUCAGAAGGGGCAUCUAUGAAGUCUCUCUUGGAACUUGUCAAAGUUUUCAUCAGUUUGGUCCUGUCACCAAAAAAGCUGCAGGGCGAUCAGAUUGAGAGUUUACUUGUUGGUGCUGCAUACCUUUGCAACAACCUAGUGACUGAGCCAUUGUACAUAACUGCCCUUAAAGAGUUGUUUUCUGGUGGAAAACUGAAGCGCUUGUUUACUGCUGCGGAAACAGGGCCUGCUCAAUCUUCUGUAGUCAACAUUAUUUCCUCCAUCUCUCCUGAUGAUGCCGCUGAGUUUGUUGAAGAAUGCAUGGGCCUAGUCACAGAUUGUAGUGGUUUAUCUGAAAAUACAGAAAGGCAAGAAGAAGUGAGGUCUGUCCACAAGCUAAUGCUUUCUUGUGAUUGGUUUGAUGAUAUGUUUGAUGUCCUAACAAGACUCUUGCAGAAAGCUGCCUAUGGGUGCCAUACCAAAUUUGGCACUGAGAUGCCAAAGCAAUGUGUUCCUUCAGUGAAACGGAAGAAAACUAAGUCCUCUUUCAAAAUUUCAGCUAAAGAGAAGCAUGUUAGUGGAAAAAAAUUGCCCAAUAUGUCCACAUCCAUAUUUGAGGAGGCUUAUCCAAAUGCUGUAGGUGUAGCUUGGCAAAUAAUAGACUUGAUUAAGUCUGAGGGCACUCGAAUAGCUACAUUAAGGUCUAAAACUCUAGAGUCAGCAUUCUUCGCUUUAAAGGUCAUUUCUGAAGUCAGCAUCGUGCAUUGUAUGAAUUAUGAACAUAUGGAUACAACUCCAAUCUUGGCAUAUUCAUCUCUUGCUCUGCAUUUGACUCUUCAAAAUAUCAGCUCAAUGGGUGCUAAGAAUGAGGGAUUUCAUUUUUCAAGAUCAUCAUCACUGGAGACAGUUUUGGAGCAGACUAUGUAUCAUCUAUUCAGUUGUAUAGAGAAACUAUUUCAAGCAGGUGAUGCAGGAAAGUCUGCAAAACUGCCAUCAGAACGUAAGAAGGAUCAUAAGAAGGCGGCUAAUUCUUGUCGGCAAAAGCUUAGAGAACCUCAAACAGAUCCUUGUAGCACAAGUGAUGGUGGAACCACUUUUUCUGAACCAAAAAGGAUAUCAAAUGUGAUGAAGAUGCUCACUGCAGUGCUCAAGUUCAUUGUUGAUGCAGCUACAAUGAGACUUGUUUCUAACGAUGGAAGGUUCUUAAAGUUCACAACAAUUUAUAUCCAAUAUACUAUCUCCAUUAUAAGGCAACAUUCUCAGGACCAAUUGCAGUUCAAUGACGAUGAUUUGAGGGGCACAUUUCUGUGUCUGAAGAGCUCCUUAACCUACACAGCCAAGUUUCUCAAUUUAGUCCUUGCAAAUACCAAUGAAGCUUCAACACCUCCACCAGAAGCUUACAAUCUUGCCAACUACCUGCUUGAUCUAAUCAUUUCAGUUGAAUCAUACUUGGGUUCUGUUUAUGCAGUACGCCUUGUUACUGCUCUUAAGCCAUGGCUACCUGAUUUGGUUUUGGCAUUAGGAGCUAGGCACAUAAUGAAACAAACUUCAGAAGAAGGAACACAGUUCACUGAAUCUGAACAGAGUGAACUCCAAUUACCAUCAUGGACCUCAACCUUAGCGAAGAUUGAGCUUGAUGAGCUUACUAAUAUCAGCCCAAAUGAGGAGGCUGAAAGAGUUUCAGAACCAGGGAAACUUUCGUCCUUCAAGAAACUUAUAGGAAUGAUGACUCUAUUGCUGAGAGGAAACUCCAGUAUAUUAGAUGCAGUGGGGAAGAUUUUCAUGACUGCUUCAGCUGUUGCACUGGAAAGAGAGGACUUCGGGUUGUUAUUGGGACUCCUUCACUUUGUCUGUGUGAAAUUAGUGGGACAUGAACAUAGAGGGUGGCGAGGACUUGAUAUGAUGUUGGCUUCUCUGGAAGGCAUCUAUCCUGAAAUUGAGAGACAAGUUGAGGAACCAAGGGGUAAUGAACAUGGACAGCAGAAAUUACAAAAAGCAAGGGCACUUCUGGAACCCAUUUGGAUCAAUUAUACUUGUGAAUCCGAGGGACCCUCUAAGAUGGAAGAAUAAAUAUGGAGUUAAUGUCUACAACUUUCCGUAGUGAAACAUAAAGCAGAAAGCAUGUAAUGUGUUAGGGGGAUUACACUUCCUAGAAUGGAGAAACGGUGAUAUUUUAGACAGCCA